UCACUUUCUCAUUCGAAUGUACUCAAUCCAUUUCGAUGAUACUCAAAGUGCCUAAAGUACGCGUUGACACUUCGAAAAGAAACAUGAAUUUCGAAUUGUGCACGCACACACACGCACGGCCGCAACAUACAAUCACACACAAUCAAUCGUCAAAUGGUGAAAAUAACAGUGGAUUCGGUGUACACGCAUAGGUGUUUGUUCUAAUUUUCUUUCCGAAACGAAAACAUUCCAUAACACAGUCAUCAGUCAUCAUUUGUUCAAUCAUCAUUGUUGAAGUUCACAACGACAAGCAUAUUCAGUCGCUGUGUAGUUUUUCUGCUGCUCUGCUGCCAUGAUGUCAUUAGAGUGAAUUUUGUAGCGACAUCAAAAAUUAAUACAAAACGAAAUUCAUUCUCUCGGUUGCAUUACAAAAAAAAAAUUUGUUUUAUUUUCGAUUAUAUUUUCUACUUAAAUUCCAUUUUAUCUUGUUUCAAUUUUUUAUUUGGAACGCGUUGAUAAAUUAAAAACGUAAACGUUGAAAAGGCAGACGUGUAAAUUCGCUCACUUUUUGUUAACAUUGAUUUGUGGCAGAGAGAGACCAGCAACGGAGAAAGAGUGUUCAUUAAAAGUAAUUCCUACACACACACGUAGUGCAUUUCGAAUGGAGUAAAUGAAGGAUUAUUAUCAACGCAGGGGAUAGCAGGUGAAGUUCGAAUUGCAAGUGUUGUCGUCGUGUGUGUAUGUGUCGAAGAACCUCACUUUUUUUUUCUUCAAUUGUAUAAAUCACGCGUAACAAAUACACCAUGGAAACGGUCAAUUUAAAUGAAUUACGAGCGGAAAUCGAGCGAUUGUCGCGUGAAUUGGAUCAAGCGAGCAGUGAAAAAAUCCAAUCGGCUAAAUAUGGUCUUGGUUUGUUGGAGGAGAAAUGUAUGCUGCAGCAAAAAUGCGAGGAACUCGAAAUGCUAUAUGAAAAUGCUAAACAUGAUUUGGAACAAACACAGGAGGCUUUGGCAAAAUUUGAAUCCACACAAAAAGUGACCAACAAAAGUGGUAUCGAACAAGAAGAUGCACUUCUCAAUGAGUCGGCGGCGAAAGAAACCUCGCUGAAUCUCCACAUCAUGGACCUGGAGAAUGAAAUCAAGCAGCUACGACAUGAAUUGGAUCGCGUACGGAAUGAACGAGACAGAAUGUUACAAGAGAAUAGUGAUAUUGGUCGUGAUAAAUCGGAUGCUGACGCUGAUAAACUGCGGCUGAAGAUGGAGCUUAAAGAUCUAAAGUACCGUGAAACCCGUAUGAUGGCCGAUUACUCGGAACUCGAGGAGGAAAACAUCUCGUUGCAGAAGCAAGUGUCCAGCCUACGAAGCUCACAAGUUGAGUUCGAGGGCGCCAAACAUGAGAUCCGGCGACUGACUGAAGAUUUGGAUUUGCUCAAUUCACAAGUCGAGGAAUUGACUAAAUUGAAACAAAUCGCUGAAAAGCAAAUGGAAGAGGCUUUAGAAGCACUACAGGGUGAACGUGAAGCAAAAUACGCAUUGAAAAAGGAGCUUGAUGCACAUAUCAACCGGGAAUCCAUGUACACAAUCAGUAAUUUGGCAUAUACGAUACGGGGCGGCAUGGAAGACAACAAUAUCAAUAGCGACGACUGUGCCGACGAAGACAAUUCAGCGCUCAAACGAUUAGAGGCUGAUUUGACGACCGAAAUCAAGUCUCCGGAUGGCACAAAAGUCGACCUCUUCUCCGAGAUCCAUCUGAAUGAGUUGAAAAAACUGGAGAAGCAAUUGGAAUCGAUGGAAACGGAGAAAUCGCAUUUGACCACAAACUUGCGCGAUGCCCAGCAAAAUCUCGAUAAGAGCCAGAAUGAUUUGCAAAACUUUAUGGCUCGUUUAUCGGUGUUGGCUGCGCACGUCGAUGCUCUGCAGUCACUCAAGAAACAGGUCGAAAAUGAUGAGAAGCAAAUGGAACUGUCGAAAGAGAAAGAGAAACUCGCGUUCAUCAUCAAUCAGUACGCGAAUUGGUUCCAAUUGAGUUCAAAGGAGAUCGAUGGCUUGAAAAUCGACCUCGCCGAGUUGCAGAAAGGCUUGAACUACUCUGAUGCCAUGGUGACAUUGCGAGAAGAGAUUACAAAUCUGAAGAACAAGCUUUUGUCUGCCGAACAGCGCUCGCUCGAUUUGCACAGCGACGUCAAAACACUCGCUACCAUUUCGCAGAAUGCUGGCCAAAGUUUGGGAUCGGCACGUUCCGUACUCGUUGGUUUGACAGAAGACUUGGCCCAAUUGUAUCAUUUGGUUUGCACUGUAAAUGGCGAGACACCAUCACGUGUUAUUUUGGACCAUAAAAAUGAAGAAUUCAGCUACGAGAACGAUUCACUAUCGGCAAUCCAAUCGCAAUUCAAGUCCGAUGUGUUGAUUCAAAAGACACACGGUUUGGAAGAUUUACAAGCGUUGGCCGAUUCCGUAGAAAUUAAGAAAUACGUUGACAUCGUUAGCGACCAAUUGAAAUACCUGAAAACCGCUGUUGAACACACAAUCGAACUGAACAAGAACGGUUCACGUGCCAAUUUGUCACCGAUCGACCAAGAUACGCGAGAGGAGAUCAACGAAUUGCAAGAGCAAGUUCUGAAACUCAAGAGUCUUCUGUCGACAAAACGCGAACAGAUCAGCACACUGCGCACCGUGCUGAAAUCGAACAAAAACACCGCCGAAGUUGCGCUGACCAAUUUGAAAUCAAAGUACGAAAACGAGAAACUCGUUGUUAGCGACACCAUGUCGAAAUUGCGUAAUGAAUUACGCAUUUUGAAGGAGGAUGCCGCCACAUUCUCCAGCCUACGGGCCAUGUUCGCCGCCCGAUGCGAAGAGUACGUUACACAGGUCGAUGAUCUGACCCGACAAUUGGAAGCAGCCGAAGAAGAGAAAAAGACUUUGAAUCAAUUGCUACGGUUAGCCGUCCAACAAAAACUCUCGGUCACCCAACGUCUCGAAGAAAUGGAAAUGGAUCGAGAAAUGCGUCACGCGAGACGACCAAUGCCACCACAGCGCGGAGGUAGUAAAUCUGGCUUUGGCAGAACAUCAACACGAAACAACGCCAACAAUACGACAUUUUUUUAACAAAAGUUGGACGUACAGCGUAAAUUAAUAGCAUUAGUUUAUACAUUAAUCAAAUUGUAAGUAUCUGUACACGUGUUGAAACGUACUCCAUUCCCGAAUCCAAUUGGCUUUGCACGUGCAAAGAAACAAACAAACCAACACACUACCACACACUUUAAUGAAUUGUAAUAAUUUCUGAAUCAUACCUACGUUUAAACUACAAUUUUGUCAAUGGAUAAACUAAAUGCGCAAGAACAUCACACAAUUACACCGAGCUGUACGUGAAAAGUGACGAUGAGAAAGGAAAGGAACGAGUUGAGUUUUUUUGUGUUUUUGUUUCCUGUUGAUAAAAAAAGAAAAAUCAAUAAGAUUGAUGAGAAAAAAACAUGUUAAGAAGAAAGUAAUGAAUACUCGACCGUGUCACACAUGGUCAAGAAGAACGAUGAGAAUGAAAGCAGCUAUAAUAUGGAAUAUAAAUAUGUGAAACUAGUCUUUAAGAUUGAUCGAUUGUACUUAAACUACCCCCAUUUGGUGUUUUUGUUUGCUCUAUACGCAAAAAAUUGGAAUAUUUACGGAAGCAACAGAAGAAAAUUUCAGUAAUUUACUAAUUGUAGAGUAAUAAUGGAGAUAUGGAGCAACGUAUUUUUUGUAUCAAAUGAAUUAUAACAACAACAACAAAACAUUUUACAGAAUUUAUCCCAAAAUGAAAGAAACACCGAUGAAAGAAAUAAACUUAUAUUUGAAUAUUAUACAUACUGACAGAGAGAAUCAAGUCAAGCGAAUAUUAUUUUAAUAUUUAAAAAAAAGACACAAGCUGUGAACAAAGUGCAGCUAAAUAAAAAGAACACUCAAUUGAAGUACACAAAACAAGAAAUAAACGCUAAAAUCGAUCUAUUCUAAAAAUAAAGAAGACGCACCGAGGUGUGUCUGUGCACUUUUCGUCCCUUUUCGUGCACAUACAGACAGAUUUGCACAACUAAAAAGAAAUUAAGAAGAAAAGUUGUUAUCAAAUAUCAAACGGCCAUCCAAAAACAAGAAAUCUAUUUUAUUUUCUCUACUUUGUUUACUUCACUUGCUCUUUUUAGUACAAAUUACUGAGAAAAACACCAUUUGUUUACAUGCCGAGCCAAUAAAAUGUUUUCAUUGAAGAAAAAAAAAUUAAUAAUUGAAUAAAACCGUUAAAUGGGAAUUGGAAGUUA